AUGAAGGGCUUAUUCAAGAAGUCCUUGAAAUCGCUCAGAAAGCCUGGAAAAGGAGAAGCGGCAGCUGGGAUCCAUGUAACCCUAACCCCACUGUCCCCUUCCCCAGAAACUCCCAUCGACGACGACUACACUCGGCAGCUCCGACUAGCAUCACAAAAACUCCAGAAGACAGUCCAAAAUUACCGUGAACGGCACUCAAAAGGUGCACAAGAAGGCUUGGGUGAUCCGACACAAUAUGAGUUCAAUACUGCCUCGGGUCCAGAGCAAUUAGCAAACCUAAUACAAACUAUUGUUUCUCAAGAUACACGGAAGAAUGGAAUUUCAAGACAAGUUUCUGAGACGGCUGGCAAGAUCUACCCACUCGCCUCGCUGGUACUGAGACUGGGAACUGCUGUCGGAGAGGCAUUCCAACCCGUAAAGGCGUUGAUGAGUUCUUUGACCGUUGUUCUUGAUCUCGCGGAACAGGAGCGCUCCCGGGCCAAGGACUUCUAUUGCACACUUCAGAGAGUAAUGUACCAAUGUUCCCGCAUAGCAGAGAUCCAGAAGACAGCGGUCGAUGGAGAAUGGAACCAUCUAGUCAUACAAAAGUCCACGCAGCUGCUCACGGCAAUUAUUCGAUAUUUUGACGAAAGCAUUACUUUUUUUAGCCAAGGGUUUACCCAAAUGCUAGGAUCAUCGAUCCUACUCGGGCAGGGUAGGUAUUCUGGCGUUGAGACAGCGUUGAAUCAAGCUAUUCUCGAGUACGACCAGGCUCUUUUGCUUCAGAUUGCAGUUAGUACCGUACCGAAAAGAACACAACUUGAUGACACUAUUGCCAUGUAUCACAAUGCAGAGAAGAACUUGGAUAAAUCGGAGCUUUUCGCGUGGUUGAAGAGCUCAUACUGGGAAACUGAGGCCCAGUUUAUGAGUGCGUGCAAGCGACUACACGAGGGUUCUUUUAAUUGGAUAUCGAAACUAGAAGCCUUCACUCGAUGGAGAAGGGAAGAGUCUGGAAGCCUGUGGUUGACAGCAGCACCAGGAUUUGGAAAAUCAAUGCUAGCAGCAUAUAUAAUACGGCGAUUGAGAACCGAGCAUCCCAGAGCUCCUGUUCUAUACUUCUUCUGCAGAGGUACCAAUCCGCAGUUGAACACAUUGGAGCGAUUGGUUCGCACCCUCGCAGCUCAACUUGUAACGACUGUUCCAUCAACCCAGGAAUACUUCCAAGAUUUGCAGGACCAGGAGUAUGCUUGCGACGAUACGUUACUUCUUUUUGAGGAUCUAAUCACGAAACCUCUUUCAAAGGCUGAUUCAAAGGUAUUCAUCGUAAUUGAUGGUAUCGAUGAAUGUCUCUCCAUGGAAGAAGAAUUCCUGCAUAUGAAUGAAAAAUCCAUUACUCUUCUUGAGUUACUGACUAGAUUACAAUCUCAAUGCCUUUUGACAAGUCGGCCCAUAUCUAUAUCAAAGAAUAAACUCAAGCUAUGGCUGCAUCAUCGACUCACCACCGAGAACUUGGAUGAUAUCCGGUCUUUCGUAUCGAAGCGAGUGUGCGAGUCUACGGUUCUACAGAAAGGGUUUGAAAGACUCGGCCACCACGGAGAAAGCAUGGUUGUCGAAAAAGGACAAAAUAAUUUCCUCUGGGCAUCCACCGUGCUUAGCCUGCUAGACAAGCCAGGCCUCUCACCUCAGGAUUUCAAAAUUCUACUCAAUGACAACCCAAGGGAAUUGAAUCUGGUGUAUAAUGAAGUACUGGAUCGAUUUGACCGAGCCGGCAGCCUAGGGCUGGCACAGCUUGCCGUAGGCUGUGUUCUGUUUAGCCAAUCUAAUCUGACAAUCGACGCUCUUGAAGUAAUAGUGUCUAUCCUGCAUGGCGAGGUAUUCGCAUUUCGUGAGUUUAUUGAAGUGGAUUGUGGGUCGAUUUUCACGGUUAUUGCUACCAAAGAUGAUCGAGAUAUUGUCCAAAUAGCCCAUGAAACUUUCAGAGUAUUCAUCACAAACCGAGGCUCUUCACUGCCCCUACUUAAUUGGUUUACUCACUUCACGAAACUCCAGGGUCAACAGGACGACAGUUUUCACGGGCCGAUAGAUAUUGAAAGGCUACUCGUCAGCGUACACAAACUAUUUACGGUCGAGGAAUUGUUUUGUACUUGGCUGACACGAUUUGUUCUGCUCACUGAAGAUGAGACAAGGUCACUCCUCCUGUGUUAUCAUCUCUUCGACAUACGCCAGAGCAUACUACACUGGUUAACUUCCACUGAGUUCGAAGAAGGCACUUCAAGUUUUUCUCAAAAUCUUUCAGCCCGUGAGACAUCUGCUUCAGCCUUAAAUUGGAGAAAUGGCAUAGCAAGUGGUGAAAUUCAAGACCUCUCGCACUUUAUAUGCAGCUGCCUGGCACGGACUUGGCUAGGGACGAAUUGGAAAUCAUCCGGCCUCAGCUCGAAAGUAUUUAUCCAGACCAAAAAGGCCGCCCAGAUCUUGUUGUGGGAUGAGAUUACAGGAGAUACUGAUCGAUCUCUAUCCCACACAGACUACACAUCGACGACGGUGUCGCAAGUCAAACUUCUAGGAGACCUAGGAGGAUACUUACCAUUCGUCGGCCUACAUUCGGGCAAUUAUGCGUUCGCCUAUAUGGCUGCAAAUGACCAGUCUUGCCCUCAGUUUUUCCUAUCGGCACUUGACGAACAUCCAGACUGGUGGCAUUUGCAUGAAGGUCUGGGCCAGUGGUAUUACCGAGUGCAUGACAGGGCAAAAGCUGUUGCUGCUCUCGAGAAGGCAAUGAAGUAUAAUCCUCAAGCACCAACAUCGGUCACGCAUUUAUAUUGGACCGCGAAAUGUGACCUCUGCCUGGAAACAAGCGAUGUGACAGGUGCGAUCGAGACUCUUCGCCGAGCAGAAGAGCUCUGUUCCGAAAAAGAAGCGUACCAAUAUCGGGCACGGAUGGCCCAGAUCUUGGAGGACAGAAGCUGCUGGGAGGAAUUAAAACUGGUUUACAUUGAUGCAUUGGAGAAACGGUCUCUUUGCCGUUACGAGUACUGGACAGGCCUUUCAAAAGCGUACAGCAAACUAGGGGAUUGGAGAGGUACUCUCGAUGUUCUAUACACAGCUAUGCAAGACAGAAGUCAACACAGCGAGCGCUACAUGCAUUUUAAGAAAAUAUGCCGCUUAGCAGAGGAUUUAAGAGACUCCUUCUUGUUCGACCACUCCAUAGAAGUUCUUCGCUCUGCAGUGACAAACGACCCGGAUAACGAAGCUAGGUAUCACACUUUGUUGGCUAACACAUAUAUGGCUGCCCGUAGGUGGCCGGAUGCUAUUGAGUUAUAUGAAUCAAUUCUUAACGGAGAGAAAAUUGAUUCAAGUGCUCGAAACGCAAUUCAUGUCGAUGUCGGAAGCGCAUACCUCGCGAUGGGUAGGCUUAGGGAGUCCGCCGCUGCUUAUGGGAAAGUUGUUAUCAAUGAUGACGCGACACAGUGCCUGCCAGAUGUCCUAGCUUUGGGCUACAUGAUUAUGGGUCAAUUUCCGGAAGCAAUCCGCAUUCUCAGGAGAUGCAUCACAGUAACACACACGGCCGCUUCCGCCAGUUUCGAUGACCUCUUCCAAGCCGGCUUACUCAUGUGGAUGCAGUUGAAUCUAGGCAAGUGCCUUGAGGCAAUGGAUCGAUGCGAGGAAGGCAAGUCAGCUUAUGAGGCGGGCAUCAGAGUCAUUGGAAACAUGAAAGAUGACAUGAUAAGUAUACCAAAGCAGGAUGAUUCCUCAACUCCCAUAUGGCGAUACCAGGCGCGCUUUUUCCUGAUCUACGGUGAACUCCUUGAGCGAAUCGGAAGUCGGACCGAGGCAAUCAAGCAGUAUGAAAUUGCUGAGACUAUAAUGUCUAAGACUCGUUUCGUCGAAGACGAUGACAUAUUAGAGUGGGAGUAUGAAAACUGCCUGCAAGCCCUUGUCCAGAUCAGAGGAUGUAUCACCCGCCACAGCACAGCCGAAACGCUGGGGUUGGACAAGUUACUACAGCUGAGAGUUGUUGGGCCCUACAGGACUGAAUGGUAUUCAUAUAUGAAUGUUAGUAUGCCGCAACAUCGUGGAGGCGAUGAUGGUUGGGCUGCCAGGAUACGACGACUCAAGACAGAGGCAUCUUGCUAA